AUGGAUCCUCCGAUCUAUAAGCCUACGCCUAUAAAUCAAUUGAAAAAAAGGAAACAUCAGGACUCAAUACUUUCUAAGGAGAAUAGUCGGCUUAUGGAAACUGUCAAUCUUCCCAACAAUUCUCACUCUGAUUUACCAUCCUAUCAGCCAACUCCCAUAGAUGAACUUAAUGGCUUGGCCUCACCUCAUCCUUAUUAUUCUGAACUUAAAAAGGCUGAUCUAAGUAAUUCAUUUCGCAAGGAUAAUUUUCCUGCCUAUUCGCCGACCGUUAUUGAGGAUUCUUUGGCUUCUGACCUGAUUAGGCCGACUGAGCUGCCCACCUAUUCACCUGUGGUACGCCGAGAUACUCCUCUGUACCCCGUAUUUACAGCAAGAGAUGUCUUAUGCCAGCCUUCUCCAGCCUACCCACCUGAACUGAAGCGCACGCACUCACCUGAAUGUUCUAUAAGUUCUCAUUCGGUUAACUCGGGUCUCAGCUCGAGCAUGAUCUCUGCAAAGCUACAGAGCUUUGUUCAGAAGGCAGCUUCUAUUGAAGCUCAAGCUCGAGAAAGUCAAUUAAAAAGAUCUCUCAAAGUAUCUGUUUCCAUCCCUGUAAUUGACACUCCUGAUUUUGCUGUUCCUGCAAUACCAUUUUUAAAUUCUUCCGCGAAAACACGAUCCCCUAUUCCUGAUCCAGUAGCUCCCAACAUCCUGCCUACUUUUGAUCCGACCUCUAUGCAGACUUCAUCGCCUAAGGAUCCACCCUCCCCUCUGACCCUACAAAUAACUGAAACUGUUCGAUCGGAUGAGGCCAAACAACUUAAUAAAAGGAAAGACCGCGAAUCAGCCAAACUGCGCAAACGAGAAAAACUUCUUUCUCUAUAUCGAGAUUUAUAUAAUGAGGAGUUAGGCACAACCGAAACAAAUGAAUCUCUGAAGGAGGAUUAUGCAGAGCUUCCAGACAAAAUUAUCACUAAAAGUGAAUCCUCUAAGGUUCAGGGAAAGCAUAUAAAAUUGGAUGAGGUGGGUGGAGUACUCUCAGAAACCUCAAUUCAUAGGCAAAGAAAGCAAGAAUCCACUAUACGCCCCUAUAGGGCCGCAAUAUUAGACAGAGCCGAGAAGCUAUUUCUGGCCAGAUCCCAGGUAGGCUUCUAA